AUGUCUCUGCCCACCUCUGGCUCUCAGCCGUCGUCUGGCCAUCUUGAGCCUCGGUCUGAACCUCGGUCUCAGUCUCAAUUCCAAUCCCCAUCCCGGUCUGAGCCCCAAUUGGUCACUCAAUCUCAAGCUCAAGCUCAGUCUGCGUCUGCUCAGUCUCCCCGGUCGUCAUCGACUACCAUUGAGCAGCAUCGUGGUGUCAAUUCCCUCCCACCUCCCCUCAGGCGUUCCAUCCAGCCUAAUCCGUCUCCGACGAGCCUUGUGUCCUCCACUGCUGAAGGCAAGCCGAUCCCGGUCGAUGAUUCGACAGUAGAAUACCGCACCACCGCCCUCCGAGAGCUCAACCACAACUUCCCGAGCCAUCGCUACGCCAAGUCGACCGGUGCCCAGAGCAGCACAUACUCGGAGCCUGUCAUUGUCCGGAGCUAUUAUCCCCCGGUGCCGUCCAGCAGGCCGUCCAGCUCGUCGCGUGGCCCCGUCGCUCACGGAUCGUCCGUCUCCGGCAUUGGUGCCGGUUCCGGUUCCCAGGUCAGCCGCUUUGCCGAAGCGGUCGCCGGCGUCCCUUCCAGGCUCGUGUCCGGAGAGCACGGCAUGCUGGGCAACAUGGUGUUGUCCUUUGGAAAGAAGCCCGUCAACGGCCGCGCCGAGGACGAGGCGCGCCUGCCCCCGGUGGAAGCCUUUAGCUUCAAGAGCUUCAUGGCCAACCUCGAGGCGCAGGGCGGCGGCAUUGCCGGUGAUAUCAAUGCCGAUCUAGACCGGAUUGCCGAGAUCUGUGCCAGGUCCAGGUACUCGCUGAGCAACCAAUACGAGGUCCAUUACACUCCCCAUGGAUCCGGGACCUCUUUCUACAACGCCUCGGCCCAUAAUGACAUCCAAGGCCCAACCCUGCAGGUAGUCUCCGCAGACGAUGAAUACAGCGUAGGGGCAUCCGCCCGGAGGCGGAGACGCAUGGCCCGAAGGAACAGCAGAGCCGUAGGCACGCUAGAGACCAUCAUAUCGACCAGUCGAUCCUCGGACGAAGAACAGCCUGGCAGGAAGAAGACCGCCUCCGAAAUUGCCGAGGAGGUUCGCGGUCGAACGGCGCAAAAGAGCUCAAGCCAUUCCUCGGCCAGCAGUUCUUCAAGCGGCACUCUCGAUGAGCGCCGUGACGCUUACCAGGAAGACGCUGCGCCGAAGAAGUCAUCAACUUCACUUGCUCUCAUCGAUCCGUCUACGAGGCAUACCGGCGCGGCAAUAGAUUCCCCGCGCACCUCGGCCACUGGUCUCCUUGAGAUACGCACAGCGCCAGGUGAGCCCCAUGAGGAACCACCCGCCACCCUCCUCGUCAAGGAGACACCACUUCCGCCCAAGCAAGUCGGCCUCUCCGUGGCAAAGGGAGCCAUUACGCACACAAAGACAGAUACUGCAGGCGGUGGCAUUCUCUCCAUGAUUCACGGAUGGAUGCCAUGGAGGCCGUCAUCCACCUCCACCCAUCACCACCACCAUCAUCAGCAGCAGCAAAAGGGCCUUGCAGAGGGGAGUCUCCGGGAACUCUUAAAGACAGCCGAGCCCAAGGGCAAGGGCCACGAGAUCCUGCAAUAG